AUGUUAUGUUAUGACAUAAUCACUUUCUCCUUGUUGUUCUAUCUAACUAUCUAUGUAUCUAUGUAUCUAUCUAUCUAUCGAUCUAUCUAUCUAUCUAUCUAUCGAUCGAUCAACAAAAUUAAGGAUAUCCUAUCAAUUAUGAGGGUCCAGUUCAUCCUCUCACACUUCUUUCAUUUGUCAGUAUGCGGGGGAAACAAUUCAUGCCGGGUGACUUCCCACUGUUCAGUUUUUUCAGAUGCACCAGACAAUUCCUCAAUAGAUGGAACCUUUUCUAUCGCAUGCUCGGUUGAUUGGCAUAGUAUGACCCGGAUGAACUCAUUAUCUAUCUGUGAAGGACGAUUCACAAGCGAUCUCCCCACUCUCUCUCUCUCUCUCUCUCUCUCUCUCUCUCUCUCUCUCUCUCUCAAUGGUGCAACAGCAACACGCUACACUACUAUCUCUCUUUCACUUCAGUCUCUCUUAUAUUAUCACACUACUUUUUUCUAUAAUUAUUAG